GUCCUGUCUGGUUUCAGGUGGUGGAAAUGUUUUCCGGCGGUGAGACCCCCGAGAUGAGUGGCAAGUGCAUCGUGGCUUUGGCGACAGAUAAGGACCUGAUGAAGAGGUCGGGCAAGGUGCAGAUGACCUGCGACCUGGCAGCUCAGUACGGACUGCAGGACGUGGACGGCCGAGCCCUGGUGAAUUAUCGAUCUCUGAAGUUCCUCUUGCAGCAGGUGCCGGGACUGUCCUGGCUGGCCACCCUCAUCCCUGGAUUCAUCAAGGUCCCCAAGUGGGUUCUCGCACUGGCCGGCAACAAAUUCUAAAUCCUCCCCACCCCCUCACCAUCUUCAUUCCCCUCGGCCUGUUCCUGCCCUCCCUCACUCACCGGGAUCGCAGCCAACCCCGCUCUGUCUGACCAAGGUGGUGUGGCUUUUAACCUCAGGCGAUCUGGUUGGACGACCGUGUCUCGGCGCCCUCCUGGCAGUCUCUGCAGUUGGGGAUGGGGGGUGCGUUGGAGAGAUGGCUCAGUCAGGCGGGCACCUGAGAAAAUGUGACAUGGACACGGAGAGAGAGCACAUAAACUGCACACAGACAGUUGUCCUGAGGCAGCAGUGCUGACUCUCUCUUCUCUCCACUGCUCCUGCUCCUGCUCUGACCCCUGGUCAUAUUCUCUGGGUUGGGGCACUGACCCCGCUGCCAUUCUUUCCGCUGUCUUGCUGACCCGACCGUGGUGAGGUUUGACUUUGCAAUGAAAUGGAUCUAAACCCCUCCCCCUCUUUCCCCCACCCCCCGCCUGCCCUUGUCAGUCCGUUCCCUGGGUCUGCCGCUGAGCUGCCAUGCCUCAUUCCUGGGCAGCCUGCCCCAUUGCAGAGAAAUUUCAAAUCGAUUCCCAGUAUCCAGAACUGGGGUCAGGGGGGAAGCCGCGGUCAGUCGUCGUAGAGAACCCUGUCCCUCUUGAGGGGGACACACUCAGAGCUGCCGCCCUCACCCGGACUGUGGUGCAUGUGACUCCAGACCGCCCGCAGUUGACUGAGCCACCGCCUGGAACAGCUAAGGCAAGCCGCUCAGUUUUAACUGGGGCGAGCAGGAAACGCUAAAGCAAGCACGAAGGGAUACAUGACGAGGCAUUGUAGAGCAGUACAGUACUUGGGUGGCACAGUGGUUAGCACUGCUGCCUCACAGCGCCGGAGACCCGGGUUCCAUCCCACCCUCAGGUGACUGACUGUGUGGAGUUUGCACA